CAUGAACACUGCGACUGGCCAGAGGAUGGUGACCCGCGGCAUGAGCCGCUGUCCCGGGCAGCGACUAUUCUCGGAGGAAAAGCUUCCGCGGUCCCUUGGCAAAAAUCCAGUCUCAGGGAAAAAGGAAAAACCGAAAGCAGUAAGAAGACAAAGGAAGGUAAAACUUGAGAUAGCUUAUGAGACUUCGGAUAGAGAUGGAGCUAUGGACAGUGAUGGCAGCACUUCCAAGAAACCCAAAUGGGAGCCCCUCAACUGGAGACUCCAGCUAGAGAAUAUCCGAGAAAUGAGGAAAUCAAAAGAUGCACCUGUUGAUCACAUGGGAGCUGAGCAAUGUCAUGACCAAAAUGCUUCCCCAGAGGUGAUGAGAUAUCAAGUGCUGUUAUCACUGAUGCUGUCCAGUCAGACCAAAGACCAGGUCACAGCAGCUGCCAUGGGGCGGCUGAGGGAAAGGGGCCUGACUCUAGACAACAUCUUGCAAAUGGACGACAAUACCCUGGGUCAACUCAUCUAUCCAGUUGGCUUUUGGAAGAGCAAAGUGCAAUAUAUAAAGCAGACAAGCAAGAUCUUGAAGCAACAGUAUGGAGGAGACAUCCCAGCCACUGUCGCGGAGCUGGUAGCGCUUCCUGGUGUCGGACCCAAGAUGGCGCACUUGGCCAUGGCCAUUGCUUGGGACACGGUGUCAGGCAUCGCAGUGGACACACAUGUACACAGGAUCACCAACAGAUUGAAAUGGACCAAGAAAGAGACCAAGUACCCGGAGGAAACCAGAGCUGCCCUGGAGGACUGGCUGCCAAGGCAGCUGUGGAAGGAGAUUAACUGGCUGUUGGUGGGCUUUGGUCAGCAGAUCUGUCUGCCAGUGAACCCUCGGUGUGGGAACUGCCUCAACCGAGGCUUGUGCCCAGCAGCCCGGAACUCUUGAAGAAGGCUGCUGCGUGCAAAGACCCCUCUAGAGCUGAGGUAGAAAGGCCGGAUGGACAGCCAAACAGCAUUGGAACUUUCAAUGAGUGCCUAAGACUUGUACCCACAUUGGGUCUGUUUAAUAAAGUUUGAUGUUCUUUUGUGAUCAGAAUAUGGCUUACUUUUAGUCCACGAGGGGGCUGAGAACUGGGACUGAGCCAGGGAGAGAGAUCAGCUGGGAGCUGUUGGCUGAGGGGAGAGGAAAUCUCAGGAAGCCUCAGCCAGAGGACAGGGGACUGAGGCCAAGUUUUGGCUUUGGGGGCAUUAGUAUCCCUUCUGUUCCCUAUGCCCCCCAGUAAAGAGAGGUGGCUUGGCAACUUCUAGGAAGGGUCUGUGCAAGAUAAUUUCUGUGUUGAAGAGAGAAAGGCAGAGCAAGUGAGCGCAUGGGCCAACCAGCAAGUGAGGAAGUUGGGAAAUAGGGCAAAGGCUAGCUGCUAGGAAGGCUGUUUAGACAGAUCCCCAUGGGACCCCCCAGCAGCAUGGUCUAAGGGGCCAGAAGCAAAGCCCCAUGUUAUCCUUCCCUCCAGCUGACUGGACCAGACUCCACCCUGACCCAGCUGAAAUGCUUUCUCCCUGACCUUCUAAGAGCGGUACCCUCCUGCUUAGAAUUUAGGAUCAUAUAGAUUUCAAACUGGACAGGACCUUAGCUGUCUUGUCUAAUCCCUUUAUUUUACAAAUAAACAAACUGAGUCCCUGAGAAGCAAAAAAGACUUGUCCAGGCCUAGAGAUGAGAUGUCCUGGGUUCAAAUGUGACCUCAAACACUUCUAACUCUGAGACCCUGGGCA